AUGGGCCACUCAGCAAAAUAUGGCACUUAUACUAUAUUUUGUUGUACUGUUGGCCUUAUUAUUCAUAUUGUUUUAUUACAGGCAAGUGAAAAAAACCUCAUAAAAAUCAUACAGUCAUGUAGUAACACCAAACCCAAAGCAAGGGUAAAUUUAAUUUCAAUAAUUAUUAUAAAUAUCUAUGAACUGCAGAAUCAGAAAAGCAAGGCCAUGUUAAAGAAAUGUGGUCAAAAGACAAAAUCUGAAUGCUUGAACUGGAAAAAAAAACACAUUUAUAACAAAACACCCGUCUGUCUUGUAUUUUCUAGGCUAAUCAGGCAGGAAGCAGUUCUGGUAUCGAGUUUAUGGCCUUCAAGGAAGCCAUGACAUAUAUUCUAGCCACAGGCAUGAUUGUCAAGUCAUUUAUCUCUGACCGCCAUGCUUCCAUUGCUAAGUGGAUGAGAGAAGAAUGUGGCAAGAAGUGUGCUGAACUUGGCAAGCCAGUUAUCAAUCAUUUUUUUGAUCUUUGGCACAUUGGGAAAAGUAUGCAAAAACAAUAAGUAACCUAAUAUAUGUUUUCAUCGUAUGUAAUCAUAUACAUAUAUCAAUAUUACCAUUACUUCUUUUUAUUAUAGUUAUUGUCGUACCUUGCCCUAGGGCACAGUGUAAAAAACCUAUGACCUAGAAUCUGUAGUGAAAUAGUACUCUCAUUAUCAGAGGAGACAAUGUCUCUGCUUCUCUGUGCCUUGAUCAAAUUUAUUGUACAUGUAUAUUGUAGAAAAGCACUUAAUGUUGAAUUGUUUUGCUAUUUUCACAGAAAUCCAAAAAGUUCUAACAAAACUGAGCAAGGAAAAAAAUUGUGAGAUCAUUGGCCGCUGGAGGAAGGCCUGUGUUAGACAUUUUUACUGGGCAGUGACUUCCACUCAAGAAAGUCUUGGAAAGGUCAAGGUUGCAAAGUUCCAAGCAUUCCUCAGUCAUGUCAAACACAAGAACCUUCCUAAUAGGCUAUUCAAUGCUUGUGCUCACGGUGAAGUCAUCACACCAAAAGUAUGGAUGUCUAAAGGUACAAAAGCCUCACUUGCUGCCGCACUCUAUGUUGAUCUUAUUAUGUUGACCAAAUGUCUUGGAUAUACGACUACAUAACUGUAACAUUGCAAAGCUUGGUUGAGCUAUUUUCGGUCAUGUUCAAGAAUUUCAGCCCCAUCUGCUCAAAUGCAACUAAAAACUGUCAACAAUUGAAAAAAAUAUGAAAAAUAUGAAAUAUCACUGUCCUUUUUCUUUUUUUUACCCUAAAUAAAAAAAAAAUAAUUUACAACUAGUGAUCACCUGAUUUAUAAAUUUCAUCUAAAAACCACAAUAUGACAAACAUUUCCACUGUAUUGCUUUCAUUCAUGCUAGUGUCAGAGGCAUAUGAAAAGCUGUAUACCGCCCUUACGAAAAGCAGCCUUACUAAAGGAAUAGAAAAAGCUUCCUCAGUUGAGCAAACAAGCUGCCUGGAAGGGUAUCAUUCAGUAGUCAACCAAUUUGCCCCAAAGAUGCUGGCCUACUCAUACCUGGGAAUGCUUUGUAGGUACGUGAAAUUUAAGGCUUACCGGUAUGUAUUUAAACAUAGCAACACUAAAGUAAAUCUUGAAAAAGCAAACAAAAUUCAAAAAGUAUGAGGAAAGGCACUGGGAUGCUGGGAUGCCUUUUUUGAUAGAUAUAGGCAGUUUGCAAAACUGGUAGAACUUGUCACAUAAUUUAAUACAUUCUGAUUACUUUGUACCCUUCUCUCUUCCUUUUCUUUUUUUUAAGAUCAGUACUGGCUGCCCUUCAUUUUAAUUACAACCUCAGAAGAGAGACAAAGGUGGAUGACCAGGGCAAACCACGCCUUCACAUCUCAUACCCAAAGUACAAGGAAGGAGAAGCAACAGUCAGGGAAGUCAGGGUAGCUCCUAAUUAUGGUAAGUCUUUGAUAAGGACCAUUGUAGCAAAGUAUACCUGUAAGUUUCCAAGUUGGACAACUUUAAAAUGAUGUCUAUUCUCAAAAUCAAAUAUCUACAUGUACAGGUGUACAUCAACAGGUUUCCUGGUAUUAUCAUGACUGCAGACAGGUUAGCUGCUGUCAGAAAAUAUUCAGCAAUUUAAUUUAGCUAUGCUAAUAAGCUACUACUUAUGAUGUCUUGUAAUCCACAUUUCCUUUCUAGAGAGAGUAAAAUGUAGAUUCUAAUAAUCACAGUUAGUCAAAAAGUGAACUUACUUUAGCUUGUGAAGUCAUUAUGCAAAGUACUUCCAUGAAGAACUUUUGUAACUGCCUUUCUCCUUAGAGUAUGUGGCGGAGAUUUAUGAAUCUCUAAUAACAACUCCACGACGGAACCUCCAACUGAUAGAAGAAGAGCUAAAACAGGUGGUUCCAGACCCUAUGCACUCAAUGCUUGAGAAGCAAUCCAAAGAUGAUGCAAUACGGAAACACAAUGAAAGAAAAAACAAGGAAACAGUGAUUUGUCCUCCAACAUGUUCAGGUAAAAUGUCUUGGCAAUGCAAUACCCGCUCUAGGUUUUUCAUCAACAUUUUCAUCCAAACACUCAAACAUUCUACUGAAUUUGAAGCUGGGAAACAGGUUUUCAGAAGCAAUAUUUUUUAUAGUAAUCUGUAUGAAAAAGAAUUAAUUUCUUUCAGUUGUAAGUUUACUUGACUUUCACCUGAUUAUCUACAGAAGCUGAACUGCAAACCUUGUUAGAGGAAAGUGACCAGUCAAGACCAAUGUCAAGAACAAAUACAAGCAGAAGAAGAGGGAGAGCACAGCUAUGCAGAAAAUGUGGACAGCCAAGAAGAGGACACACAUGCACUGCUUCACAAAAUGAUUAA